UUUUUGCCCACAGUUGCAGUUUCCGCCAGUCGAGACAGCAACCUCGACAACCAUCUAGGACUUGCCAGUCCCUACUUCUCGACAAAAUUUUGUAGUGAGCCGCAGGUGGAAUCCUGAUCGAAAGCCGUCGCGAUGCCGUUCACCAAACUCGUCAAGAACUCUCCCUACUUCUCCAGAUUCCAGACCAAGUACAAGCGCAGACGGGCCGGAAAGACCGAUUACUAUGCCCGUAAGCGAUUGAUUGCUCAAGCCAAGAACAAGUACAACGCUCCCAAAUAUCGCCUCGUCGUCCGUUUCACCAACCGAGACAUCAUCUGCCAAUUGGUCACUGCCGAACUCUCUGGCGACAAGGUUUUCUGCGCUGCCUAUUCGCACGAGCUCAAGAGAUAUGGAAUCCAGAACGGUCUGACCAACUGGUCUGCCGCCUACGCUACCGGUCUUCUGCUCGCUCGCCGUGCUCUCAAGAAGCUCGACCUCGAUGAGGCCUUCACUGGGGUCGAAGAAGCAGAUGGUGAAUACAAGCUUACCGAGGCCGCUGAGGUUGACGGCGAAGAGCGUCGCCCAUUCAAGUGCUUCCUCGACGUGGGUCUCCACCGAACCUCUACUGGUGCUCGUGUCUUUGGUGCCAUGAAGGGUGCCUCUGACGGCGGUAUCUUCAUCCCCCACAACGAGAAGCGUUUCCCUGGCUACGACCCAGAAAGCAAGGAGCUCGAUGCCGACACUCUGCGCAAGUACAUCUUUGGUGGUCACGUUGCUGAGUACAUGGAGACUCUUGCCGACGAUGACGAGGAGCGCUACAAGUCGCAGUUCACCAAGUACAUUGAGAACGACGUCGAGGCUGAUGGUCUGGAAGAGCUGUACACUGAAGCUCACGCUGCUAUCAGAGAAGACCCAUUCAAGAAGGACGAGGAUGAGGGCGAGAAGAAGGACAAGGAGUACUGGAAGGCCGAAGGCAAGAAGCACAAGACCCCCAAGAUGUCCAAGGAGGAGAAGGAGAAGCGUAUCCAAGAGAAGAUUGCUGCUCUUGCCUCGUGAGUAUCGACCGAACCUCACAACACGUCUUUCCAAGAGAUUUACGGAAUGAUUGUUUCUGCGGCGUAGCUUGAACAGAGACUCCUCAUCGCAAGAGUCACGGCAAAAUGAAUGCCUAGUCAUUGCAUGUGGGAAUGAAUCAAAAUGCAAUGAAGUUCAACGAGUCACAACAUUUUGCCAGCGCUGAGCCCUGCAAAUGGG